AUGGCAUCCUCUCUAAAGGUCUGUGGCAUGCUUUUGGCCCUGCUGUGCCUCCUAUGCAGGCUGCUUGUGCAUAGCAAGAACAUUUCCUGGAGGGAAUUUAUGAAACAGCAUCAUCUAAAUCCAAACAGGGAAUUCAACAACUACAAAUGUGAUGCCCUCAUGAGGGAAAAAGGUCUGGAAAACAAGAACUCUAACAUAUUCAUCUAUAUCUCAUGGUUCAAAAUCAAGAAAAUAUGCAUUAAUAAUAGGUGGAAUGACCGCUACAGAAAUGCAUACGUAUGGUUCCGAUAUGCUCUCAAAGUACUCAAGUGUUACUGGGAGAAUUCAAAAAAUAGCUACAGAGAGAGCAGGAGUUACAACUACUUUGAAUUCCAUUGUAACAUGGAUGGGUAUGUUGAUGGCAUAGAGGACCUGAAAAUGGUACAGCCUAUCAACAGCUAG